GCACUUAGUGCCAUAGUCUAGUUGACAUGGUGGUGUUUGGUCAUAGGUUGGACUCCAUGACCUCAGAGGUCUUUUCCAACCAACCUGAUUCUUUGAUUCUGUUAUUCCAGGGGCUCGACAGCGUAUCCUGUCCCCCCUAGCCCUGCCUACCCCCCCCACCCCGCGCCUCGCGCUCCUUCCCCGCGGCCGCUCAGGACGGGGCUCUAAGAUGGCGGCGGCUCCCGCCGACGCCGGCGGGCAGGCAGUAGAAAACCAGCUGAAGAUCUGCGGCUUUAAGAGCAAUGGGGAUGUCAUAGGAUUGUAUCUGGCUAGACAAGGACUAAGAAGUAUCCCAAGUCUCUCACAGUUUAAUAGGUUAAAGUAUUUGUGGCUUAACAACAAUAAGAUACAAGAUUUAAAUUUCUUGAUCAAAAACUAUUGCUUGACUGAACUCUACCUCAACAAUAAUGAACUGACAGAUAUAUCAGGUGCUCUGAAACACUUAUGUUCGUUACAAAUUCUGUUUCUUCACAACAACGAGUUAAAGAAACUUGGCAAAACAGUGAAGGAAUUGAAAGGAAUGAUAAGCUUGCAUACUCUAAACCUAUUCCAAAACCCUCUGGCAUAUGAUCCAGACUACCGGCUUUAUGUCAUAUACAUCCUUCCUUCAGUUCAGCUCCUUGACAGGAAGUUAGUUACACAAAGAGAAAGGGAAUCAGCAUUUCAUCUUUAUAACCCUGAAAGGUCUCUGCUCAUGCAGUCAAUAGCUUUUGGGAAGAGAGUAAAGACACCCCUGGGGACUCCAGUGGGAUCCAGAAGAUGCAUUCACCCAGCCAGAAGACUGAUAAUGCCCUCAGAGAGAGUGGCAUCAUUUUCUGUGAAAGAAAAAAAGCCUGGAAAUGUAUGUCUAUUGGGAAUAAGAGAACUACAUAAACUUAAAAAAAUUCUGACAGGUUGUGAAUUUGGAGAUAACACAAAUAAAGUACCAUUUGAGAACCCCGAAGAUGCGGUUUUAGUACGGGCAAUGACAAGAUCUCUAACAGAAUUUUCCUCUGUGGAAUGGAACAAGGUAGCUACCUGUCAAGAAAGACGUCUUCAAAAUAAAGCAGAAGAACCCCUUGAGAAGCUGACAGUCCAAUUUAGAUGAGUCCAUUCCUCCUUAAGAAAAAAAACAAUUCCUCUCUCUAGUGUGGAGCCCCAUAAGUAACAAGUUCAUGACAACAUGCAUCAAAUUAAAUGAAUUUCCAG